UACCCUAGGUAGGUAGGUUGCGUCACCGCUCCUUCCUUGGGGAAGUUAAGGUUGUCUUGGCAACUCGAAUGGACUUCAACUUCCCGCGUCUCUCGUGUCUCUUUUCUUUGCCCUCUACCUUCUCCAGUCCUCCCGCGAAGGGCGCCCAGGCCACAGUUCGGCAAUAAGACGCCAACUCCCUCCAGCAUGGCGCGUACACUCACCGAUCUCCCUCCAGAGCUUUUGCUCAAGAUCUGCAUUUCGGUCAACAAAAAAGGCCUGAAAGCCCUUCGGCUCGUGGAUCGCAAGCUGAACGGCGUUGUCGGCGAGCGGUUGUUUCGGCGGCUGAAGACGACCUUUCCUGAAGACGACAAUCGUACGCUUGCACGCCUCGCUAUGCUCCUUGCUAGCGACUGUGCAGAUUACGUUAAGGAAAUCAACCUUUCUCCGGACGUAUGCAGCUAUCUUCCCCCCGUGGAACAUCACAUUCUACCUGGAUGGUUCAAGGUAGACUGUGCGGUCCUCAAUGCGGCCGUCAAUCUCAGCGCACGAUUUCCGAAACUGGAGGACGUCUGCAUAUACGGCCGUUUCGGAAUCAAGGACCGUGAUUGGGCGUGGGAAUAUGGGACCAUCACUGUCGACGGCAUGAUCGAGGCCAUGUUCUCGAGCCUCUAUCGACGAGCUACCUACCUUACGCCAGUCAGCGGGCUGUCCCUCAAGAGACUUCAGUGCGAUCACGACCCGACGCUCGCCUUGAGCGUUGAAUUUCUUACUGUUAUGCGCAACAUUGAGCGACUGAGGUUACACUUUGACCGCUUCGACGAAUACCACUACCCGGGAGACAGGCUCAAAGAUCGACCAGAUAUCAGUGAUGCACAUGACUUCGGCACACACUUUGCCACUACAUGGCUGAGUCAUAAUCAGGGUAGCUUGACUCAUCUCCAUUUGAGCUUCCGUUACGGUGCCGGAUUCUAUCCCAAGAUCGAUCUGCGAGGCGUGCAUUUCCCGAAGUUGAAGAGCCUGCGUCUGGUUGAGUUCCAGUUCUCGCAUGACUGGCAGUGUGACUGGAUCGUUUCCCAUGGCGGACUUCUGGAGCUUUACCUGGUCGAAUGUCCAAUCCUGGUGACCCGAAUAAGUGGGAUGGAGCUCGACCACGAGGGUUAUCCUAUCUACGGACCGGCGUCGCUAGAUGAAUCAGAGACUACGUAUGAGGGACGAUGGUAUAGAUGGUAUCACGCAUUCAAAGGACGCUUACCAAAGCUCCGGAGAUUUAUUACCGACACAGAAGUCACACGUCAAGAGGAGAACUUCCAGGGCUGCUGCAUAACUGGCAUUACAUUCGGCCUCAGCAGCAGCAGAUAUGAGAAAUACAGGAAGGGUACCUGCGGUUCUGGAGAAAAUCUGGACCAUCUUAACAUGUGGCUUCAAGGCUACGACGGCGGGGCGUUGGCUUCGUUGCUACGGCAUACUGGACAAUGGCGGUAUAUCGAAGGCUUGAUCCAGAGACAUGGUGCCUUUCCGGGAUUUUGGAAGGCGCUGGAGGGAGAGAUUCCUGACGAACUUCCUCAGAUUCCUCCUCACAUUGCGCGCCCCACGUUUCGAGAGGAUUGGCGCUUCUUCGCCCGACGCCAUAGUCUACCAGAUGACGAGGAUGAGCAUUCGGACGAGUCGGACAGCGGACAUAGCUGCUAUCUCUUGGGGGACUAGAAUGCUAUUUUCGCUCCUUAGGGAGGGAUUAUGCGGACAAGAUG